UUCUCCUUUGGUCAUUACAUGACUAUUAAUAAGCAAAUGAACAUCAGUAAUUGACCAGGCCAGCUCCAUCUUUCCUCUCAUACGUCUCCAAAUCUGCCUUCUUGCCAACUUUGGUCUCCACAGCUUGACCUUUAGCUGUCUUUGUUAUUGUUUCUCCUUUAAUCAUAGCUAAGUUGCCAUUUUCGUGUGUAUCACUCUGCCUCUCCCUCUUCCCCUCUCUUUCCUUUCUCUCUGCAUCUCUUCUCAGACCCAAGCAAGCUUGGUGGUCUCCACCCGGCGGCGAUUCCGGCCACCGUCUGGCGGCUCCGAUCCCUCUCCAGCCGCCUCGAUCCGCCAGAGCCCAGGCGGCGUCGCUGCCCCUAGGAAUAGCUCCUCAGGGUGAAGCUCGCGAUCCUUCUUCUGUUUUAGGGUUAGGGAUCCUCUGUUCUAGAAAGUUAGGGAUUGAUGAUCGGGCCUUUGAGAACCGGUUCUCUGGAUCCCCCGCUCCCUUUCUUUUCUACAAACAUGCUUGCGAUCUCUGGGUAUGCGCGGGUUCUUUGAUUUGGUUUCUUUGAUGGCAUUAUAUUUGAUUUCGGAUGGGAUCGUCUUCUCGGGAUCUUUGGAUUUAAUUGAGGUUUGCAUGUAUGCAAUUCAUGAAGGUGCCCCCCCCCCCACCCCCGGGAAAAUAAUUAAGCUCGCGGAUGAUUCUCCUGCCUUUUGUUUUCUUCUCCUUGUAAUUUAUUGAGUCUUUCGUGAAUGGAUUAAAUAUGUCGGCGAGGCAGUUGGUGGAGUACAUAAUCGGUGAUCAACAGUCGGGGAUGCCACUAAGACAAGCCUCCUUGCUUGCGAAGGUAUAAAGUAGCCUUGUAGGUUCCAUGGAAGGAUUCUGUAUUGCCUAAAGUUGUCAUGGUCGGGAUUCAACAUCAAUCCAUUGGGCGUUCAGGUCUGGUCCCAAGAAAUUUUCUGAUUUAAGUCAAUUAUAGGGUUAUCCAUAAGGCUGUCAUCAUGUUGAUUGAACAUGGUGAGCAAGCUUAUUGGGCAGCUCUUCGCUACCAUACCCAUCGUUGUGUUUACAGGGCUCACCAGAAACCCUAAACCCUUCUCGUUUCUUUGUUGGGAGAGUCGCCAUGGAUGUGGAAGGUGGAAGCAAGGCCGUGUAUGGCAGCACCAAAGUGAAGCAUUCGUUUGUGGAAAGGAUAGUGAUGGGGCUUGUGUUGCUGUGGUCAUCUGGGUUGGAGUAUUAGUUAGGUGCUAUCAGAUCUUUGGAAGUGACCAUGCUGGCAUUUUCUAUGGUAUUCUAGGAGAAACAAUUGUCUUAGUCCUUAUUUCUUUGGUCGUUGUUGUUUGCAGCUACUUUAGAUGAGGAGUUACGGUGUUUUGUAUUUCUGUGGUGGCAUGGUCCUUUUUUGGUUUUAGUAAACUUCAUUGAAAAUUGAAAGCAGCUGGGUGACAGAACAACAGAAUUGGUUUACUGGAUAUCUCAGUCUAACAUUGAGAUUCUUGGCUCAAGGUUAUCCAUGCAUUGGUUC